UGUGUGUGUGUGUGUGUGUGUGUGUGUGUGUGUGUGUGUGUGUGUGUGUGUGUGUGUGUGUGUGUGUGUGUGUGUGUGUGUGUGUGUGUGUUGCACGCAGGAAGAAGAGGACGGAAGCUAAACAUGACGUGUGUUUCUCAUUCAACUAAAUCUCAUUCCUGCUGAUAUUAAAGUAUAGUUAUGGUCACUGAACGCCGGUGUCCUGUCAUUGAGUGUGUUUAUGAUGCUGCUCCUCUCGAGUGUGAAACGUCUAGGAAAAUGGGCUUCAGAUAUUUUUGAAUUUCCGUGAGGUUUUCUCCAUGCGAGGCGGAACGACCUUGAAAGAAUCCACCCAGAAUGGCGUUCUGCUCCGUCAGCAGCGUGAUCAGCUGUGUCUCCUCCCAGAGCACACAAUCACCCCGGACCCCGUCGGUCAGCUCUGACCAGAGACCGCAGGAGCGAUGGAGCGUCUCGCUCUGACCGUCUUCGAGGCGUUGCGCUCCUUCACCGAGCUGUUUCUCACUCCGCCGCUCAGAGCCACGCUCCCUGACCUGAGUGACACUGACCUCAGGACCCUGGACCCCGAUGAUCGAGUGUUUAAGGCCAGAGAACUGUGGGAGAGUUCAGGAGCCGUUAUCAUGGCUGUGAGGAGACCCGGAUGAUUCCUGUGCAGAGAGGAGGCGUCUGAUCUCUCCUCUCUGAAGCCUCAGCUGGACGAGUGUGGAGUGUCUCUGUUUGCUGUGGUCAAGGAGAACAUCUCCUCAGAGAUCCAGGACUUCAGAGCCUUCUUUAACGGAGAGAUCUUCCUCGAUCAGCAGAGGGGCUUCUUCGGGCCCCGGGAGCGCUGGAUGGGCGUCUCGGGGGCCCUGCGAGCCGGAGUCUGGAGGAACGGGUGGAGGGCGUAUCAGAGCGGAUUCUGGGGAAACGUUCGAGGAGAAGGCUUGGUUCUGGGGGCGGUGUAUGUGAUCGGACCGGCUCAACAGGGAAUCCUGCUGGAACACAGAGAGAUGGAGUUCGGAGACAAAGUCAAGAAGUCCGAUGUGAUUCAAGCUCUUGAACGGAUUCAAACGCAACUGAAAUUAAAAUAGCCUUGAGAUCAAUAAUCACUCACUUAAUGAAAACUCUUGAGCUCGAUUGUUAUUAUAACUAAAUAUUCAUCUUGAAAAUAGCGGAAUAGAGAAUGCAAAGCUGUGCAUAUGUAAGCAAUAAUGUUAUAUGCAUGCUUUUGUGUGUGUGUGUGUGUGUGUGUGUGUGUGUCCGUGUCUGAGUGUCCGUGUCUGUGUGUGUGUAUGUUUUUGUAUGUGUGUGUGUGUGUGUGUGUCUGU